AUGUCAAGAACAUUGCUCAACUGGCUCUCGUUUUCUUCCCUGCUCGUCUCCGUCCUCGCCGGGGAUUUCGAAUUCUCCAACUGCGACUGUGAUGGCGAAGGCUUCUGGAGCUCUGAGAGGAUCCUCCAGGUCCAGAAGGUGAGCGACUGUCUGAUCGCCACGGCCUACUUCUCCAUCCCCCUCGAGCUCCUGUACUUCGUGUCGUGCUCCAACGUCUUCCCCUUCAAAUGGAUCCUCUUCCAGUUCGUCGCGUUCAUCGUCCUCUGCGGGCUCUCCCACCUGCUCACCGUGUUCACCUACAAGGCCCACUCCUUCUUCCUGAUGCUGUUCCUCACUGUGUCGAAAUUUCUCACGGCCUUGGUCUCCUUCGCCACGGCGAUAACCCUUCUGACCCUCAUCCCCCAGCUCCUAAGGGUGAAGGUGAGGGAGAAUUUCUUGCGGAUAAAGGCCCAGGAUCUGGAUCGGAGAGUCGAGAUGAUGAAGAGGCAGGAGGAAGCUGGUUGGCAGGUGAGAGUGCUGACCCAGGAGAUCAGGAGGUCGCUCGACAGGCAGGUCAUCUUGUUCACCACGGUCGUCGAGCUCUCGAAGAUAUUGGGGCUCCAAAAUUGUGCGGUAUGGAUGCCGAAUGAGGAUCAGACGGAGAUGAAUCUGACGCACGAAGUGGAGCAGAGGAGCCCUCGGGAAGCCGGCGGCCUCACAAUCCCCAUGGACGAUCCCGAUGUCGUGGAGAUCACGAAGAACAACACCACGAUGCUACUGUCUCAGGACUCUCUUCUAGGGUUUGCAAGCGGCGGCCAUGGUCUCGAGCGUGGAGCAGCGGCGGCGAUCCGGAUGCCGCUGCUGAAGGCAAGCGAUAUCAAAGGGGGAACACCGGCGGCGGCGUCGGAGACAUCCUAUGCUAUUCUGGUCCUGGUCCUCCGCGAAGACGCACCGCAGGAGUGGGGAGAUUCAGAGCUGGGGAUCGUCGAAGUGGUGGUGGAUCAGGUGGCCGUCGCUCUUCUGCACGCCGGAGUUCUGGAGGAGUCUCAGAGAAUGCGGGAGAAGCUGGAAGAGCAGAACCAGGCCCUCCAGCAGGCCAGAAUGGACGCCAUGAUGGCAAACAGGGCGAGGAACUCCUUCCACAACGUCACCAGCCACGGGAUGAGGAGGCCCGUCCAUUCGAUCUUGGGCUUGCUGUCCAUGUUCCAGCAGGAACCCCUGAGCUCCGAGCAGAGGCUGGUCAUCAGCACGAUGAUGAAGAUGAGCUCCGUCAUCUCCGCUCUGAUCGGCGACAUCAUGGAGAGCCCCGACAGUGGAGCCAGGAGCCUGGUCCUCGAGACGAGGCCCUUUCACCUGCACACGACGAUCAAAGAAGCCGCCGCCGUCAUCAGAUUUCUCUGCGACAACCGGGGAUUUGGCUUCGGCAUCCAGAUCGACAACGACAUCCCGAAUCUGGUCUACGGCGAUGAGAAGCGGGUUUUCCAGGUGAUCUUGCAUACGGCCAGCGACCUCCUCAAUCAACGGGACGAAGGGCUCCUGAGCUUCUCAGUUCUUUCUGAGGGCGGGAUCGACGGCAAGCUGAGCCAGAGAUGGGUUCCAUGGAAGGCGGCCAUUCCCGACGGCCACGCCGGAAUAAGGCUCGAGAUCUGCACCAAGGGAGUCCAGUCGGACGGCCUGAGCUCCUCCGAUCAGCAGCUCCCAAGAAGUUCCGGCGGUGGAAGGCUCGAGACCAGACAGAGGUUCGGCAUGUGUAAAAAACUCGUGCAGGUACGAACUAGUAGCGGCUGCCUUUUCUUUCUUUCUUUGGAUGAUAUUCGAUCGCGGGUUCGUGGGAAGGAUCAUCGAUUUCUCCUUGCUGCAUUCACACGGACGUUCUUCGCGAGAGAUUAAUGCUUUUUUUUCUCUCUGAUCGCCGGUUCCUCUGUCGAGGGUAAUAUUCUAUGGGGCUCCUGAGGGAGGAGCAUUGAUGAUAUCUAUCUGUUUCAGAGCAUGGAGAGGAGUAUACGCUAGAUCUGAAUAUUCUGUAGGGUAGAUUAUUUGCAGAUGAGCUCUGGGUCAUUGCAGAUGGGUAGAUUAUGCAUUGGCGACGCUGAUCAUCUUCUAGCUUCAUGACCCAUCUUAAAAGUUAGGAUCUUUACGAAAUGUGCCGUGCUCAUCGGGUUCUAAUGCUGCUGUUCUGGGUCUUUGUGUGCUGCAGAUGAUGCAGGGGGAAAUCUGGGACGUCUCGAAUGCCCAGGAGCUUGCAGACAGCACGAUAUUGCUUCUUCGUCUCCGGCGCCGGCGAUCGGGGGAGAGCUCCGACCACGGCGGCGCCGCCCUCCGGGGGCCGCCGUCGGAGUCCCUCUUCAAAGGCCUGAGGGUCCUGCUCGCCGACGGCGACGACGUCAACCGGGCGGUGACCCAGAAGCUGCUGGAGAAGCUCGGCUGCCGCGUCUCCUCCGUCUCCACCGGGUUCCAGUGCCUGAGCCUGCUCGGCGGCGGCGCCGCCAGCUCUCCCUUCGACCUCGUCCUCCUCGAUGUCCUCCUCCGCGACAUGGACGGCUUCCACCUCGCCGCCCGCAUCCACAAGCUCCGCAGCGGCAGCUGGUCCCCUAUCAUCGUCGCCCUCACCGCCAGCUCCCAGGAGGCCCUCUGGGAGCGCUGCCUCCACUCCGGCAUGCACGGCCUCAUCCAGAAACCCGUCAUGCUCCAGGCCAUGGCCGACGAGCUCUGCAGAGUCCUCCGCAUCACCUAG